AUGACAGGUGCACCCGUCUUCCUAGAACCGUUUCAUAUCCUUGGUUCAGGUAGCUUGGGUUUGCUCUGCGCGACAGCACUUCGAUCAGCAUUUCCCUCAUACCCCCUUGCAGCUUUGUUUCGUGAAGGCCACCGACAACACAUUCCCUCAGAUGACAAUGAAAUCACCGUAUGCCUGCGACAAUUCAAACAACGCCCCCGCAUGGCCCAUGUGCCCGUUCAAUUUACAGAUGAACUUGACCGCAAAAAAAUUCGAAACCUUAUCCUGUCCACCAAAGCGUUUCAGGCGGUGGAAGCCACCGAAAGUAUCCUACCUCGACUGGACAAGGAUCAGCUGAGGAUUGUCGUUCUUUGCAAUGCUGGGCUAGACGUUCGAGAGAGGCUUUUGGAUUCCUUGUCGAAAAAUGGAAUUCAGAAUCCUCAUCUUAUAAUGGGUACCACAACAAAUGGAGUCUAUCAAGAACCUCCCGACGAAGACAUGUUCCAUUUGGUGCAAACGGGCAUGGGGCGGACCUUUCUCGGAAGUACGCCUUGUCCAAGUACUGGUGAUGCCGAUAUAGUUCCCACUAUUGCACAAUUAUGGGAUCGAGCCGGUCUGAAUGCUCAGCCGAUCGAGGAGGAUCAAAUGGAAGUCCUCUUGUGGCAAAAGCUGGCAGCAAACUGUGUUUGCAAUCCCUUGACAGCCUUGUACGAUUGCACCAAUGGUUCCAUGCAACAGGAGGUAUCCAAUUUUGGCUCACUGCGAGAGCAAGUAGUGAACGAGGUCUUUCAGGUAGGACAGGCGGUUGAUCCAUCGAUGGAACAAAACUUGAAGUCUCCACAAGUGCUAGAUGACUUUGUUGAAAUCACAAUUCAAGACAACUUGGAGAACACGUCUUCGAUGCAUCGUCAUGUACAAAACCAGCUGAAAACGGAAAUUGAGAAUCUAAACGGAUACGUUGUGCGGAAGGGGCGGGAACUCGGCAUCGAUUGCCCUGCCAACGAAGAGCUGUAUCAUCGAAUAUCAGAGCUUCCAAUAAUGAAUGAUAUCGAUGGGAAGUAG